AGCGGAGAGUGAGUAGGCCGCAGACGGGUGCUGCUGGCAGCGGGCCAACGAAGCGCGAGCGGGUGCGACGCGACGACCAUCGGCAGCAGCAGCCGUCGCCCUCAUUCUGUGCGGUAGAGGGUAUGCUGGCGCCGAUCAUCACGAAGGAUAUGAAGCUGUUCCCCACUCGACCGUUACCGGCCGGAAUCAAGAACGUGCGAAGUCGUGCACAAAGCCUCGACCAAGUCAAUCAGGUGCAGAAUUGCGGUAGUGCUCGUGGUCGUGUUGUGCCGGUGAAGCCUCGCAGUUCUCAAUCCACCGGUAACCUGCCUUCUGUCGCUGCGUCCGAUUUUUCUCGCAGUCCGCCAAAAGCGGCCGUGCAUCGCAAGACUACCCUGAGCGCCAUUCAGGAAGGAGUUGAGAUGAGCCACAGCCAUGUUCCUGACUCUCGUCAUAUGGAAAGUCGGUCGGACAGCAAGUUGGCCAGCAAUGGCGCCCGCAAAAGCACGAGGCGGUCCCGGAAAGCUGACAAGGAGAAUGAGACGAUCAAAAACGGGCAUUGUGACAACGUCGAAAGUACCUCUGCCAGCGACUCGGCCAUGGAAAAGAAAGAGAAGAAAGGUUUCAAAUUCCAGCUAGUUUUCGCCCAUAGAAGCUUCGAGUUUGUCAGACGACGAGUUCAUUGUGCACUUGACGUUCCUUCUGUUUGCUCUAUUCCAAUUGCUGUGAUGUUUUCACCUUUUUUGGUGUUUCCGUUAUUACACAGCUUUAAUAUGUGAUUUUAUCUUGUAAAUUCUAUUCUCUUGAGCAGAGACCUUUUCAAAAGUUGCUAUUUCCUUCUUGCGACCUGGUCGUACUAAUCGCAUUGGUCAUGUGCAUCAAUUCCUUGCAGGUCCAUCCACAAACUGCCAGAGAUCCAUUUGGGUUUAAUUCUGUAUUUCGUAGUCUUGAGAAUGUUUUUUGCAUACUAAGUUCGCUCCUUUGAUGGGAAUCUUUGAGUUUAAAGCUACGCAUAAGGAUAGUUUCCUAGCAGCUGGCGCUCAACCAGCUCUCUUACAAACUCUUCCCCAUAAAUUGUUUGGUUGUGGUCUAACAGUAAGCGAAAAUAAGUAGAGUGACUUUCGGAGCUUAUUUUUGAACUCAAUACACUCUUUUGUGUGCUGCUUAGCGAAUUAAUAAUUUCGCUUAGUGAAUCAAAUCACAAUUUCUUCACUGAGUGAUUGAAUUGGCAGAUGUCUUUGUUCGGAAUUCGAUGCACUGUCCGCUAGUAUCUGAGUUGUGUACAUAUGGUAUGUAGAUGUAGAUCAGUGAUGAAUUUUGUCGGGUCAUGUUCAGAAUGCUUUGCUCACCGUAACAUUUGCUUUUCUAAUAUAUAUCCGGGUGGUCCCGAUUUUGUUGAUAUCCGCAUGUAUCUCCGCUUUUUGUAUUUGCUUGUAGAUUUUUUACCAAAUGAACCAUGCACUCGUCGCUUGUACAUUCUGUGCUCUACGUUUUUGGGAUAUCAACAUUUCUGGGCCAUUAUCUAACAUUUCCCUUUCGCAUUGUUCACCUCACUGGGCUUUACCGGAAUAAGGAGAGCAUUGUGGCAUGGUGAGAGACUGGUUAAGCUCGCAUCUCUGCACUGCUCCUAGCCCUGCAGGUGGCAGCGCCGUACGAGUAAACCACGAGUUGUUAACGAGAAUCUGAAGAUUUAACGCUGAUCCACUUUGUAUCGAAUGUUUUCGCGAAUAAAAU